GGAUAAGUUCGCAACAAAACAGCGCAUGCGAUGUUAUUAUCGUAGAUAUGGCGAUUGUUGAGUUUCGCCAGUAGUUGUGUUUAAAGUAUUUUAAUGAUUAUUAGGAUUAAAACUUAUUAACAGCCUUAAAAAUUUCUUAUACAGUAUACAAUGGAUAGGCAGGAAUACUAGUAAAACCAUGGGGAAGCAGAACAGCAAAUUAAAACCGGAGGUACUCGAGGACCUCAAACAGAACACCGAAUUUUCAGAUGCGGAGAUACAAGAGUGGUACAAGGGGUUUCUAAAGGACUGUCCGAGCGGCCAUUUAUCUGUAGACGAAUUUAAAAAAAUUUAUGGUAAUUUUUUUCCGUACGGUGACGCGAGUAAAUUCGCCGAGCACGUUUUUCGUACUUUUGACGCGAACGGUGAUGGAACUAUUGACUUUCGAGAAUUUUUGUGCGCCCUUUCGGUUACUUCGAGAGGGAAAUUGGAGCAGAAACUUAAAUGGGCCUUUUCUAUGUACGACCUCGAUGGAAACGGAUACAUUUCAAGACAAGAAAUGCUGGAAAUUGUUACGGCAAUUUACAAGAUGGUAGGUUCCGUCAUGAAAAUGCCGGAGGAUGAAAGUACACCUGAAAAGCGAACAGAUAAGAUAUUUCGACAAAUGGAUAGGAAUAAAGACGGUAAACUUAGCCUAGAAGAAUUUAUAGAAGGUGCCAAGAGUGACCCAUCAAUUGUACGAUUACUGCAGUGCGAUCCUCAGGCCCAGUAGCCAAAGACAGUAAAUUUUAAAAAUAACUUAAAUAUAUUUUAUGUGAUCACAGUUCUUUCGUGCGGACAUCCCCCCCUGUUUAUUUCAAUGUCCACAAUUGAUUUGUCGUUCUCGCGUUUUAAAACAUGGAUUGUUACGCUCGUCCUCGCAUAGGUUAAUAUUAUAAAUGAUAUAUUUAAUAAGUUAAUUAAAGUACCUCCUCAACUCUAUUUCAUAUUUAUUUAUUAAUAUGUCUCGAACUUUCAAAUACGUCUUAAUAUUAUCAAUUUUAAUGUUACUGUUUCUCAAAGAUUUAUGUGAUUUAAGAAUGAAUGUUUAUGGUCUAAUUUUAUUGUGAUGUUUCAACGUUUAUCUUUGUCGUAAUUGGUGCUUAAAUUAUUUGCGCAAAGGCCAAUGGCUAUCAAGACGAAUAAUCUAUAUCUCUAAUAUUAUUAUUAUACUACUUAACUUAGUUGUUUAGUCGACUGGUCUUUUGUGCGCUUCAUCGCACUUGUGUAUUAAAAUAUUGUCACAGACUUAUUUCUUCAGUUAAGUUCGACGAAUAUUUAUUAUAAUUAAUAAGCACUAUAUGCGAAAUUCAUAAAUUACUUACAUGUGUUUGAUACACGGUAUAUACAUAGUAUAUGAUGUUAUAACAAUAAGAUUUUAAUCCUGAUUCGAUGAUGGCCUAACCGUAAUGUUUGCAAUAGUUCUAGUCGAUUAUAACAAUAAGAGAGUUCUAAAAAGCGAGCCAUCGCACAUGUGCAUGCACAGAGAUUGACUCGAUCUUCCGAUAAUAUUUUAAAUGAACUUAUGUUUUAAAUAUCAAUACUUGUCUACAUGUAUAUCACAUAAAAAAAAAUAAAUAUUGCUAAUGUAUCAGUUGAAAA